CCGACCUGGGCCAAUGAGACCGAAGCGGGUGAAGCAAAAAGUGUGACUGAGGGAAACCGUCGCAUUGAGGGAAAAUGGAGAGUCCGGCGAGGGAGGCGUUGCAAGGCCCAAACCCUUCUCCUCCUCCUCCUCAGGGGUCGUUUUUCCCGGCGACUCCGAGCCUGCUGUACCGGAGCGUCUUCUCCGAGGAGUGCGAGGCGCUGGCUCUGAGGGCGGCAGCGGCGGAAGCGGAGAGGCCUACUCCUCCUCGGCCUUUUGGGCCUCUUCGGCUUCCGUCUACUAUUGAGGCCGAGACGCUGACGCCGCUGUGGACGGACUCGAUCCUGAGCGAGACCUUCACGCAGACGCCCUCGAGCCCCAACCGCACCUUUUGCUGCGAAGGGAAGAAUGCCUCGGCCUUGGAGGCUACUUACUCAAUCUGCGGCGAGGCUUCGGCCCGCUCCUCUGGGCUCUACCGCACCUUCGAAGAGGAGGCCGCGCCCCUGGUCACCUCCACGCCGGCCCCGCUGGCGGAGGAGGUGAACGCGAGGGCGGGGAUUGGGAGAGGAUGCUCCCAGGGGGAGGCGAGCGCGAAGAAGAGGCGCCUCUCCCCCGGAAGUAGGUCUCCAGGCUGCCCAACGCCAAAGAAAACAGCCCUCCGAGGGAAAGGCGCCCCAAGGAAGGCCUCAGGAGGAAGGCCCAAGGAGAAGGAGGGCGGCAGAGUCGCCAGGCCCAACCCGGGCAAGAAGCAACUACCUUCUGGAAUGAAGACUGGUUUAGCAGAAGUGCCCCAGGAGAAGAAAUCUGCCCUGUCGGCUCAGCUGCAUUCACAUCUUGCCAGAAAGCCUCCGUUGGGUAGUUCAGUGGCCCAUCAGGUUCCAAAGCUUCAGGAGGAGAACAAGCCUUCCAGAACCAAGCUCCCGGUUCCUGCAGGUUAGCUGGCUGAACUUGUGGGUGGGUUUGGGCUGGAAACAGAAUUGGAA